AUGGUGGAAGUCAAGAUAUAUUUGUUUUUUUUUUUCAGAUUUCAUUUCGCAGUCCAUUUUCUGUUUGGAGAUGGGAGAAUGAGCGGUCAAUCGGUGCCGCUCAUAUUUUUGAACUGCUCGAGUAUAUUUAUCUUCGGCAAAGAUGAAAAAUACGCGGAAUGUCCCAUCGAAAAUGGAACCGAUCCAUGCUACUUGCUCAAGGAAGUCCACCGAGCGAAGGAAUUCCGUACUUAUUUUCUGGCAAUUCUUCCCAUUAUCUUUUCAGUUAUAGCGUGUCUUCUAAACAUUGGAUAUUUAAUUGCACAAUUGAAAUGUUUUACGCAGGAGAAAACUAGUUUCAAAAAGCGUCAAGUGUUUCUUAUAAGUCGAUCUCUGUCAAUUAUUCUGGCUAAUUUGUUAUUCUACGUGGUUGUUAUCGUUUGGAAAGCCAACGGAUUUGUAUAUACAUCUGCAAUGAUUUUCAUUCUAAUUGGAGGAAUCAACUUUUUAUCAGUAACAGGUACCUACAUCGGUCUCACAAUCCUUCUCUACACAGCAAUUGCACAUCAGUUUUGGUACAUGACAAAACUAACUCUCACACAUUGUUGGCUUAUUAUUGGAUUGAUUUGGCUGCUUUCGGCAGCUUCAUCUAUAUGCAUUGGCCUAUGGGGAGCAACUCUUUUCUACCCAGAAUCUGCUCCAAUAUCCUGUUCAUUUGAGAAAUGCCAACAACCAUUAGCCAUAAUCAUAGUUGUUGGUUUAUCUCUAUGUUAUGGUACAGUAAUUGGUCUUUACAUUGCAAUGAUGGCAAGAUUACAUCGUCUCGUUAGAAAAUCUUCAAUGAUUCAAGCACGAUCAAAUUCAAAUAGUAUGACAGCAAUGAAACGACUUGGAUUGAAUAUGAUCACAUUUGCAAUUGGAAGUAUUCCUAUUCUUAUUGUUUGUAUUGUUGCUCUUGCAAAUCUUCGAGAGUUAUCAUCAUUGGGAGAAGGGAGUAAAGGCCCUUGUAAGACUUUUUUGCACAGUUCUCUCUUUGUUGAAGUGGAAAUCUUGGCAAGUGUCGCUGCAAUUGUUUGGCUAAUUGCAAUGAUAAUCGAUCCAGUUAUAAACAUUUUGGCUGAUAAAAAGAUGCGUGGAUUAUUCGCCAAACAGAUUAACCGGGUCUCACAACGAAUUCGCCGAGCUUCCACAAAAUCCACAAUCUCUACGGAUGAUCAAUAAUUAUUUGAUUCACGCCGUUUAGAAUUUUAAAUCCUCUAUAGAGCUAGUAAUAUUACUACGGGUUCCAUAUUUCACUUUUCUGGUUAUUUUGAAUUGUUGGUUUGCUGGUCUCAUGGUUUAUUGAUAAAUAGUUGCAUUAUUACUGUUGUACAUUUAAAAAAUCUACGUUUUCUUCGAGUAGCAUGUGUGCUCUAUUGAUAAACGUUUGUUU